ACUCUUCAGUGGUGUUUCGUUUGUAGUUUUCUCUGAAUAUAACCAUAUGGCUAGUUAGCUUACUAGCUAGCUGAACAUAACUGUCUGUGUACACUAGAACCCAUUCCUCAACAGUUCACAUACGUCAAAGCUGUAGCUACCACUUUGAAGGAUCUAACAGUUAACUUAGUGAGCGAAUCGACCAUCAAGUCGACCUACCAGAUGUAAAUAAUGCUAACGUUAUCUGUUAGGGUAAGCUAAUUUCGUUGUUAGCUAGGCAGUCCAGGCCAACACCCUCAUGAGGCAAUCCAACUCCGGAGAAUUAGCUAGCUACCAUCUGUAAACAAGUCUGACUAACUUGGGUUUUGCAUCUAGCAGCAAAGAACAAUCCAACAGAAUGUCAGGUGAUGCCAUUCUGCUGAAUGUACCUGUCAUUCGGCAGCUGUACCACUGGGACUGUGGAUUAGCCUGCGCAAGAAUGGUUUUGAAGUACGGGAACAUUUCGUCAUAUACUUUACAUACACGGUACCUCCACCCUGUGAGUGAUGAGGAGUUUCAGGGUGCUUGCUGGGAGCUGAAGCUGACGGAGAGCGUGUGGACAAUUGACUUGGCCUACCUCAUGUGCCAGCUGGGGGUCAGGUACCGCUUCUGCACUCAGACACUGGGUGUUGACAAGGGCUUCAGGAAUCAGUCCUUCUACAAAAAGCAUUUUGACACUGAGGAAGACAGAGUGAACAAACUCUUCCUUAAGGCUGAGAGCAAGAAUGUCGUGGUGAAACAAUGCUCUGUGACAAUUCAGGAAAUCCAGGAACAUGUUGACCUGAGCCAUGUGGCCAUAGUGCUGGUCAACGCUGUGGUUCUGGUGUGUGAACUCUGCUCUUCGCCUGUCAAGUACUGCUGUUUCCUGCCUGUGGGCCAGAAGUGCUUCUGCAGGAAGCCAGAAUACCAGGGUCACUUCGUGGUGGUGUGCGGCUUCAACCGGAGCAGCGGCUGCAUCUUCUACAACAACCCUGCCUACUCAGACCGCGUGUGUUGCACCAGCAUUAGUAACUUUGAAGAGGCUCGAAUGAGCUACGGGACAGAUGAGGAUAUUCUGUUCAUCUUCAAGGAGAGCUGAUGGUGGCGGUGCAGAUGACGAUGCAGAUGGUCUCCACAUCAUCAUAGCGUCCCAUCCUCACUAUGAUGACACAACAGUGUGUCUACAGGUCCCUGAACAGGGACUGCUGGUUCCAGCUCUGGCCCAGUGUUGUAGAUGGGCCUGGGCUGUCCACUCCAGUGCUAACAUGGCUGAUUGCUCACAGAACAUACAACACCACUCCAACGUCACCACACAUAGCCCAUGCUAGUCGUCAGUGUCUAAAGGAAUAACAGCUGAAGAGAUCAACAAAGCAAGUGUGUUUUUUAUGUUGGUUGGGAGACGAGCAGAUAGAUGAAAUAGAAUAAAUGAAUUUUGACAGUG